AUGUCUACUGUCUCUAGCGUUCCGACGCACGGGAAUUAUCAUGGGUAUUAUUCGAAACGACCGUUUCGCAACGAUGAGCGCUUGCUUUCACUUCCCUCAGGAUUGUUUAAGGGAGCGCGAGUACUGGACAUUGGAUGCAAUGAGGGAUGGGUGACCUGUGAAAUAGCUCAAUCGUAUGGUGCACACUUGGUCGUGGGCGUUGACAUUGACGAAAGCUUGAUCACUAAUGCGUGGCGACGGAGACGCGCUGUUUGGUCGUGUCAAGCACCCACAUACCCACGUACAUCAAACGAAGAGGACGAUCUAACUUCUGGUGACUCCAAACCAAGAAAAAGACGGAAGUUGCAGGAUGAGGGUUCUUCACAGGUCAACGAUACUCAGCCCAUACGUCAUUAUUUUCCUGCAUCUUGCGAACAUGAAUUCGGUUCACUGCCUAUUCCCCCAUCUUCAAACAGAGGAAAAAAUGUGUUUCCGCACAACGUCUCCUUUCGUACAGCAGAUUGGAUGAGAACGGACAUCCCUGAGGAUUCAGAAGGCUAUAACGUGGUUAUUGCGUUCUCAAUAUCGAAGUGGAUACAUUUAAAUGAAGGCGACGAGGGUCUUAAACUUUUCUUUCGACGAGUGUACGCAGUACUCAAGCCCGGCGGAAGCUUCGUGUUGGAGCCACAGCCCUGGGAAUCAUAUGCGAAGGCAAAGCGAAUGAAUCAGAAACUGAAAGAAAACGGUAAAAACCUAGUGAUCAGACCCUCAGAUUUCGAAGCUAUCCUAAGAGAGAUCGGCUUUGGACAUCCUCAACAUUUUGGGACAGUUGGUGAAGGAGGAUUCAGCAGACCUAUUGAUCUCUACAUUAAAGUUUAA